CGGACGCCACAGGUACGCCUCGCACCGUCGAGAGGAGCCGCGAACCGAACGAAGAGACGUGGACCGCUCCUCGCAGUCGCGAACAUUCCGUUGCAUCGCGGAAAUAUAAGUCGUUUCAAAAGUGAAGGUAAUCGCGGAACGGGCGGGAACUCGGCGGUGUUCAACUGUUUGUGCAACAGAUUUGGUGACGUGUCGUAGGGACAUUAUCUGUGGCGAAUAUUCAGAAUAACUUCUUGGACAGCGAAAUACUUGGUCGUGGGCGGCCGGCAAGAGUUCUCGUUUCUUGUCGGGUCUGCUUUAACCGGGGUCGGUGGUUUUCCGAUUGACAUUACUUACGCUCAUCAGACGAGUGAUCAUCUGACAGAACAACGUGUCUUCGUAGGGAAUCCCACAGCAGAUACGCUGUUAUGUACGAAUGCCACUCAGAUAAGCCGCGCAGUAUCAGUCUAACUUCUGGAAACAGGAUUACAGUGUAGUGCCUCUCUACGCGGACCGAGUGAGCAAGAUUUGGACGACCGACGACAGCCAGAGAAGAUUUUUGCGGAGUGGCGAAGCCCGAAGCUGUGACGACAUCCCCGCCCGCACGGGCGACCACACCGUAAUGGACUUGCUUGUAUCACUGACAGUGGCGGUAGCGGCGGCGUUUCUACCUCUACACUGCGAGGCCGUGCACUGCCCGCCGCUGAGCUUCAGGACGGUGGACGUGGAGUGCCGCUGGGUGAUGGGGCGGCCGGUGCCGUGCGACGUGCCCGCCACGCCGGGCACCCGGGCGGCGUUCUCCUGCAAGCCCCUGUACCGCCUGCCGGAAACCGUCGCGCACAGGCUCACGCAGCCCGACGGCGCCGCCAUGGACCAGUCCCUGUGCCGCGAGGACGGCAGCUGGGCGCCCAUGCCCUUCACGUGCGUGCCAGAAUGCGGGCGAGUGGUCGGGAACGGCGAGACGCUGGUGGUGGGCGGCAAGGCGGUCAACUCGCCGGUGGAGUUCCCCUGGCACGUGGCGGUGUACGACCGCCUCUACCGGACCGGCAUCUCCCAGGUGUGCGGCGGCACGCUCAUCACCACCAAGUUCUUCGUGUCAGCUGCACACUGUUUCGCGGCCCCUUCCCCCGGCACGAGCAAGGACGUGCGGUUGCGUCCCGCCAAGGAGUUCGCAGCGGUCGUCGGAAAACUGCACCGGGAUUGGGCAGUGGUGGACAGCGAGGCUCAAACUAGAGAUGUCCAGCAGGUCCACGUGAAUGGGUACGGCGGGCCGCGCCUCAACCACGUCCGCGACUUGGCGUUGGUGGAGAUGGCCUCGGCCGUGGACCUGACCGCCGCCACGCUUCCGGCCUGCGUCGACUGGGGCAUGGAGGGCCGUCGACUCCGCGACGGGGACGUCGGAUCGGUGGUGGGCUGGGGCGGCCUGUGGAAGGCUCCUGCCAGUAGUCUCCUCCAGUCGGCCUCCCUGCCCUUCGUCUCGAAGCAACGCUGCCUCCAGAUGAUCCCCUCGCAGCUGGUACAGUACGUCUUGCUUAACGACGACCGCUUCUGCGCUGGAAUCAUCAACAGCACGACGGUGGCGCACGGCGACAGCGGCGGCGGCUUGACGUUCCAGAGCCCCGACCGGAAGUGGUACCUGCACGGCGUGGUGUCCGUGGGCAUGCCGGACAUGCGGACGCUCACCGCCUUCACCAACGUCACGUCCUUCGUGCAGUGGAUGGCCGACAAGAUCCAAGACGAAGAGAUCCGAUCGGCCGCCACAGAACAUCAGGUGCCCCUGGAGAUUCCCAGGGAGUACACGGCCAGCGACCUGGAGGAGGAACAGAAGGUGGCGUACUUCCGGGAGGACGUCGGCCUCAACCUGCACCACCUGCACUGGCACAUGCACUACUCCAACCUGGGGCCGCGCCAAGCGCUGGCCAAGGGACGGCGGGCAGAGCUAUUGUUCUACAUGCACGCCCAGCUCGUAGCCAGGUACAAUGGCGAGCGGCUGAACAAUGGCCUGCCGCGAGUGAAGCGACUCGAGCUCCGCGAACCGAUCAAGGAAGGUUAUUACCCCAAACUGGACAGUCUGGUGUCGUCUCGCGUCUGGCCGGGUCGGCCGCCUCACACUCGACUGCAGGAUCUAAAUCGAGACGGCUUGAAGAUCAACAUUGAAGAUUUGGAACUUUGGUCCUCACGGAUUUACGAUGCAAUUUCAGCUGGUGUUGUCCAAAAGGCGUCUGGCGGCACGGUAAAUUUCACGGAAGAAGGCGGUGCAGAGCUCCUCGGCAACAUUGUUGAAUCGAGCAUGCUUUCACCGAACCUUCGUUACUAUGGCGAACUUAUGAAUCAGGGCCACAUCCUUAUUUCGCUGGCCCACGACCCGGACGGCCGAUACCUCGAAUCGUUUGGAGUCAUGGGGGACGCUGGCACCGCAAUUCGGGAUCCCGUGUUCUACCGGUGGCAUGCCUACAUCCAGGAUUUUAUGCGGAAAUACAAGGCAUCUCUCCCUAGCUACACGGAACAACAGCUGGCCUUCCCGGACGUGUCUGUGCGCGGGGUGGACGUCCAAUCGGAUGGCUCCCCGAGACCCAACGUGCUGUUCACUCAUUGGCAAGCCAGCGACCUCGAGUUGUCUCGGGGAUUCGACUUUUCGCCGAGGCCGCCUAUCUUUGCGCGGCUGACACACUUGCAGCACCAACCCUUCUCGUAUAUACUCCAGGUUGAGAAUAAAAGCAAGAAACGCAAAGAGGGGUUUGUUCGCAUUUUCCUUGCGCCAAAGUUCGAUGAAAAUGGAGAACCGAUGGCAUUUGAUGACCAGCGACAUUUUAUGAUCGAGAUGGACAAAUUUCCGGCAACGUUGGCGCCCGGAGUCAACGUGGUGCGCCGGCAUUCGUGGCAGUCGACACUCACGAUCCCCUUCGAGCGCACCUUCCGCAACCUGGACGCCAACAGGCCCGCCGCGGGGCACGCCCUGGACGAGUUCACCUUCUGCGGCUGCGGACUGCCUCAGCACAUGCUGCUGCCCAGAGGCAGCCCUCAAGGCGCGCAGUACCACCUCUUCGUCAUGGUCACCGACUACACCAAGGACCAGGUGCAGCAGCCGGCGCAGGGCUCGCAGGGUGCGUGUGCCAAGGCCACCAGCCUGUGCGGCGUGUUCGGCGGCAACUACCCGGACCGCCGCCCCAUGGGCUUUCCCUUCGACCGGCCGCCAGCGCCGCGCGUCACCACACUGCGCUCCUUCCUGACGCCCAACAUGCUCGUGCAGAGCGUCGUGGUGCGGUUCAAGGACUCAGUCUUGGCGGCGCCGCGCAACACCACGGUGUUCGGGACGAAGGACAACGUCAACAAGCUGCCCUCGGUCCAGAACGUGUCGGGGGACGGCCCCAAGCGGCAGGCUCUCCGCCGGAUGAUCCAGAUGAGCUCACCGGAUGCCGAAGAUGACGAGGACUGAACCCGAGCGCCGAGCGGCGAAUCCAGAGCCGGUCGCUGCGGGAGGGGAGGGGAGGGGAAGCACCUUCUGCCUACUUACAGGGGCGACGUGUGGCUUUUGCGUGGCGAAAACCGUAGACGGGUUUUGAGCUCCAGAUUCGCUAAAUGGGUCUCAAACCGAACGUGUGACCCCACCAAUGGAUUGCUCUCAGAACGAGGAAUACAUUGGUGGAGUCACACGCUCGGUUCGAGACCCAUUUAGCGACUCUGGAGCUCAAAUCAAGUCUGGAGCUUUCGCCACCGGCGCUGGUCUUCUGACCCAGGUGCAAGAUGGGGUCAAUUUCCCUUUCGGGUAGGCGCCUGCGACUGCCGACUGUUCCAGCCAUACCAAAGGUUGUGCAAUGUACUGAUGACAAUGGAUGUAUUCAAAAGCUUAUUUAUUUUGAUUAAAAAAAUAUUAUGUUUUCAUGUAAUUUAUUAUCUUGCCCCAAGGGGCGAACCACUCAGUUUUGUGAACGUACAGAGGAUUGUGUGUGUAUGCAUAAUUGUGUUAAAUGAAGUGCACCUCUGACUUGUUUGCCACACACGCCUGUUUUACUCCCAAUUUGUGAUCUGAAUGUGGUGUGUGGUUUGCCCCUCGUCUUGCGCCCCUCACUUUCUAAAAUCGCCCUGCUGGUUGCUUCAGGAAUGAUUUUUUCAUACGACAGUUCAGUGCAGUGCCUACUUACGACUUCUGCAAAGAAAAGUGUGACUACUAAAACAAAAGUACAACUAAAACUGUACAAUAGAAGUACGAUAGGGAUUUGUUUGAAGAGAAUGGUUCAAACCACAACGAGGCCUGGACCGCACAGCACUUCCAUUGUACUUUGCACAACAAUUGUUGUACUUUGAAAGUACAAUGAAUUCCUGAUAAAAAGAUUGCCAGGAAUUUGUGUACUUUAGUUGUGGAUUUUUCUUGCAAUGCGGAACCACCAAAAAAAUGUUGACCUAAUGCCAAAAUCUGGAAUUGUGUUUUUUGUUAGUUUUUAUCGCAAAACCUUCACAUAGCUGACCGUCUGAAUACGUUUGUUAAUACAGAUGAGAUUGUUGCAAUAAUUACAACUUAAGAAGUAUGUCUUUGUCGGCAAACUGUUUGCCUAACAGAAUUUUUACUUGUAACGUAACUGGUUAUGAAGUUAGUGUGGGGUAUCUUUUGGGCACCGCGACAGAGAACAUACCUGAAAAAGGUAACAGAAGCUUUUUUCAGGGAUCCUUAACUUAACUUAACAUUUAACUAACACUACUUUCAUAACGUAACAUAAGACAAUGUUCGCUAAAGGUUAAGGGUACGGACUUAUGAAAGUACUUGCAAAAGUAUAUCCACACAAAUUCGAGACAUAAAAAAAUAACCUGCCCUUUUGAAAAGAUGUUAGAAGUUAAGGGUAAUAACUUUAACUCUUAUCAUAACGUUAUGAUGCCCUUAUGAGGUAAGUUAAGGAUCCCUGGCUUUUUUGGAAUAUCUUAUUUAUUUUAGUAAAUGACUUGCAUUAAAAGAAAAAAAAUUAAAAUUCCAUGUUUAUUUUGAACUUGAAAAUUUGGACCCUGUUAAACUUAACUGGCCUUUCACAAAAAACUUGUACAUGGGUUAAAAUAAAUUUCAUCUCACCACUCUUA